AUAGAAUAACUGCGUGAGGAGCCAGCCUAUGUGUGCAGCCACAACUUGCGCUGGAUUUAAAAGCAUCCUCAGCAAACCCUCAAGUGGGAAAGAAGGGACUGUCAGACUGACAUUUCAGGAGAGCCAGGGGGAAAAUAACGACAGGUCCUCGUGGGCAGCUUUCUGGAAAACCCUUUUAUGGGAAGAUUCAAAGAGGGUCACAUACAAACGAACAUCUGAAUCAACAUUUGGAACAAUGUAUAAUUCUGUAUGUUUCUUCGUCCUGUCAUGGGUGUUUGCUGUACUUUUGUUCCCAGGAGUUCCGGCCAGGAGCGGCGACUCGCUGCUGAAGGACAACAUCACCGUCAGACAAGGAGACAGCGCCGUGCUCAAGUGCAAUGUGGACAGCAAGGUAACGCGAGUGGCGUGGCUCAACCGCACCACCAUUCUGUUUGCAGGCCAUGAGAAGUGGUCCCUGGACCCCCGCGUGGUGCUGAUGGAGAACACAGCAGUAACAGAGUACAGCAUCAAGAUCCAGAACGUCGACGUCUACGAUGAGGGGCCCUACGUCUGCUCCAUUCUCACAAACAAGAAGCCAAAAUCCACAAAAGUGCAUCUCAUCGUUCAAGUACCUGCAAGAGUCAGUAACAUAUCGACAGACGUCACGGUGAACGAGGGCAGCAGCGUCAGCCUCAUGUGCUUGGCGGUGGGUCGACCUGAACCGAAUAUCAUCUGGAAGCAGCACUCAGCAAGAGGCGUGCGUAAGUUCCUCAGCGAGGGGGAGCACCUGGAGUUGAAAGCCAUCACCAAAGAGCAGUCAGGGUUGUACGAAUGCAUUGCCUCCAACGACAUCUCAGCUCCUGACGCCAGGGCCGUGCAAGUCACCGUCAACUAUCCUCCAUUUAUUUCAAAAGCGAGAGGUACAGGUACUCCAGUUGGACAAAGAGGGGUUCUCCAGUGCGAGGCAUCUGCUGUCCCAAGAGCGGAUUUCGAGUGGUACAAAGACGACCGCAGGCUCUUCAACGGACUGAAUGGAGUGAAGAUUGAGAAUCAGGGUAAACAGUCCAUGCUCGUCUUUUUCAAUGUCUCGGAAGAAGACUACGGAAACUACACCUGUGUGGCUAUGAAUGCCAUGGGAAACACCAAUGCCAGCAUAAUCCUUUAUGGUCCAGGUGCGAUGCAUGAUGUCAAUCAGGCAUCUCUAUUGCCCCGUUGCUCUUGUUGCCUCCUGCUGACUGUAACCGUAUCAUGCCUGCUCAAGUUCUGAUGUGAAAUGUGACCACCUUCAAGCUUCUCUCAGCAUUGAACAGCAACAACAGACUAUUAGUCCGAUAAGAAGAAGGGAAAUGGAGGAUGCCAGUGGUUCACCUUUUUUUCUUUUUUUUUCCCUUUUUUUUUUUUUUUAAUUUCUUUCUGGCUUUAAGCUGGGGUAUGUGCUCCGUUCGCCAAGAGGUGAAAUGAGUCCAAGUGGGGAGGGGAGAAAAUUGAAUCAUGCACUAAUUGAUGAUUGAUGGUAGA